AUGUUACGCUCGCUGCGCUCGAACACCCUCGGCCAUGAAGUCCAAGAAGUUUUGAGAUCCACCGAUUUCUUCGAACCUAUUCGCUCUUUGGACACUGCUCGCCGUGUGGAGGGACUAAAGAGCCUGUUGGAUCCACUUCGCUUUCCACCGCUACUCCUGAAAGACACCGAGGAAUUACUGUCAUUCUUUAAGACAGUUCUGGAUCGCGACCACGAAAAGUUUGGUGCACGCCUCUUCAUCGCUACGGUCCUGCAAUUACCGUCGGGAGAGAUUCGUGAUGCCGCUACAAGUACGGUCUUGGACAACGACCGUAUGCGUCACAUCAUGAGGGCAUCAGUACACAUGGAUUUGGACACGGCGCAUGCAAGGGGCGCAGAGGCUCGUUGCAUCGAUUCGCUCGAAGAGCUGCGCAGCUUAGUCGUACAGCAUGAGCGAGGAAGCUACUUCCGUAUCAUUGGCAUAGUAGCGUUCGCGGUCCUCGUUCAUGUGGUGUUCUAUUUGUUUAGGAGCACUAGCAAAUAG